AUGUCACUCGGUAGCGGUUUCGGUCCAGCUACUUGCUGGAUAACUCACAAAGGAUUAGAAACGUGGGCAAGGUUGGCAAAGGAAAGACACAAAUCGACGCCGACGACGCCGGAAAAAAAAAAACAGGAAAGCGAUAGCGAAUCACCCAAAGAAAAUCAGAUGGCUUCCGCCAACUCCGAGUUCUCUCUUAUUAUGGUUUUCUUUAAAAUGAUUACGUAA